GUAAGUCUGUGGUACUUCAGAGUUAUUGCUAGCAGACUAGUGCCAGUUGGACAACUUGUAUGUGUCCGUGCAGUCGUGUGUAACUUUCUGGCCGUUAACGGGAGCUCUAGUUGUCGUGGUUGGUGUGAUGGAAUUGGACAAGAUGGACGAGAACGAGUGGAGGUAUCACGGCGAGGGGAACAAGAGCCUGGUGGUCUCACACGUACAGCUUUCCAUAGUUCUCCGCCUGCUCAAGUAUCCAGCCGAGGACUCAGAAAACCCACCACAGACGGUGGAGCAGGCCUUCAGGCAGGUGCAGAACAUUGUUGACUUCAGCUCCAACGUGAUGAGCUGCCUGCUGGGAGAGAAGUUCGUCCACAGCGGGGAAGUGGUCAAACUGCCACUAGAGUUUGUUCGACAGCUGUCAAUCAAAGUUCAACAUCAAAGACCAGCGUGGCGCUGUGAUAAGGUGAUGGACAUCUACAGCGGCUGUGCCCUCUGUCUGCCCAACCUGACCUCUCCAACCCUCCACCAGCCAACACACACUCCUACACUCUGCAUCGAGAUCAAGCCUAAAUGUGGUUUCCUGCCGUACUCCAAACAUGUCAGCCAAGAUAUCAAGACCAAAGUGUGCCGCUUCUGCAUGCACCAACACUACAAGGUGGCCAUGGGGACGUGGAAGAGACGCAGUCGGUACUGUCCUCUUGAUCUGUUCUCAGGGAACAGACAGAGAAUGCACUUUGCCAUCAGACAACUGAUAGACGAACCUCAGAACAACUUGAAAAUCUUCAAGGGGGGUCGGUGUAUAUUCAGCAGUAUGGAUGGCAUUGAAGACUCGAUGGACCUGAACUCUCUGCUGCAUCAUCUCAGACCGUACUUCCAGUACGGAAACAACCGAAUCAACAGUCACAUGACCAGCAAAGCUCUCCUGACCGACUUCAUCCAGGUCGUGGUGAACGCCCUGCUGAGUGCUGGAGGAGGAGAUGGAGGCGUGGGGACGGACAGACGAGGAGAAGGACGGAGCAUCUGUGAAGCGAGUCUGUUCAACAAGGAGAGGACUCGCCACGGCUCUCAGGGUUCACCCAGCGACAGUGUUUUGUACAGAGUUCGUCAGACGCAGAUGUUGGACACUUUGGACAUCGAAGGUCUUUACCCUCUGUACCGCCGCGUGGAGCAGCACCUGCAGGACUUCCCCAAGGAGAGAACUCGUCUUCAGAUGGACGGGCCGUACAACGAGGCCUUCCUGGAGAAGCUGCAUAAAUGUCCCAGUGAGGACGACGGCUCUCUGGAGUACGCCGUCUCCAAGGUUCAUCAGUACCGAGUUGCCAUGACAGCCAAGGACAGCCAAAUCAUGGUUGCCCUGGUGCCCAGCUGUGAGGAAGAAGAGGAAGAUGAAGGUCUCCCCGGUCAGAGGCAGCACAGGGACUUCCUCUCCUCCAGACCUCCCGCCUUCUCUUACGCCGUCUCCAUCUUGGAUCUGGACCCCAAGCCGUUCGACAACAUCCCCCGCCAGCUGCGCCUGGACCAGAAUAUCGUCUCCUGCUACCUGAGGAGUAGCUGUGCCUUGCCAAAGGGCGCUCUGCCCUCGCACUCUGGCAUCUUCACUGCUGCAGAGAGGGAGGACUGCACGCUGCUCUUCCACCCCGUGUGAACGCCCGAUAAAAGACAGACGACCCUGAAGACUAACUGACGCUGCUGCUUCACACGGAGACGCCAUGUUGAUGCAGAGGUCUGAAAUCACUUUAGACCACAGCUGUUUAUCUGGAAAACUUUACUGCAACACUUUCUCUUUACUCAGCUCAUGUUAAGCAACAUUGUAAUCUCCAGGAAGUCACCACUAACUCGCCAAACAGUUUAAGCGACUUCCGGAUAUUUCUGUUACUGAUUCUGGAGUUUUUUUCUCCAGAAACUUCUGGAUCCUGUCAGGAGGGGAAUCUGAAAUGUCUCUGUUCUGUCAUGAUUCAUAUUUAUUAGAAAACUUACAGGGGGCUUCGUUUUUUCCGCUUUGGUGACAAAGGGUUCGGAUCAGCCUCCUGACAGCGCUUUUACAGUUGUCAUGAGAACAACAUGAUAGUUUACGUUCCCCAUGGCAACACUCUGAGAGAGAAAGAAGAGGAGAGUUAAAGCGAUGGAGAGCAAAUCAGGUAGUUGACGUACGUAUGAUGUCAUUUCCUGAAUGUAGGCGGGGCCUCUGGUAGAGGCAGAGCCAAUAUGAAUGUCCAGGUUGAACUGUAGCAUCACAAAGUGCUGCAGGGAUGACGUAUUUUUUUAGGCCAACCCAGAAGUUAACAAUUGCAUGGUUCCCUCGUCAAAAGGCCAAUAGGAUGUUUCCAUUGGCUUUUUUUAUAUUAUUGCACAAAAUAAGCUAUGUGGUUAAAAAUGUUAAGUUCAGCAGGAUAACCUUCACAAAUGUGCACCAAUUUAUGAAUUCUUAAAGAAAAAUGCAAUCGGCAGACGUUUACCGUUUUAACACAAGCCUUAACCCUUGGUGUGAUAAAUCAAGUACAAACACCAUCUCUAGUCCCAUUGAGCCACUUUUUAGCAACCGCUUUUUUUUUUUUAUAGGACGGGUAAAAUCGCAGAUACUCACCAGUGAAGUAUUCAUUUACACAUCCAAUGUUGAUGAACAAAAAGUGUAAAUCUCUUAAACUCUUAACCACAGACCUUAUUUUGGGCAUCAGACCUAAACCUAUUCAUCAAAUCCAUUGACUUUAAGAUGAGGGAACCAGCAACUCACUUCCUGGUUUUCAGAUUCAUUACUGUUGCUCCAUGGUAACAGAAGCACUGGUUACCAUGGCUACAGCCACAGAGGAAGCGGCUAAGAGGUUUCAGUCCUGAGCUGGACUCCAUAAAAGUUUUCAGUCAAACUCCUCUCUCCGACCCCCCUUUUUAUUGGAGAGGUGAUGCAUUAACUGGCUGUAUUGAAACCUUCAUGAAGCCGGUGGGAGGAGGAGCGUCACCUCCAUGUUUGUUGUUUUCCUUUGACUCCUUUUGUUGGCGGCUAGCUAAUAUGUUCUUUAAUCACGCAUUUGUGCCGCAAUGUUUUGGGAGUUGAGUGUCAUUAAAGGGUCAGUUCACCCAAAUGUAAUCACAACUUGGGUGAAAUCAGUUUUAGUUGUAUUUGUCCAGGAGAUUUCCCCCUUUACUGCAAAAGAAUGAAGAUUAUGAUUCUCACAGCUUUUUAUGAAUCACUUAAUCAGUGUCAUUGAUAAUCUUAGGGAUGAUACUGGAGACAGUUUUGACACACUAACAUGAUUAAUCCGAAGGAAAAUAGUUUGAAUAAAACUAGAACACAGUUUCGUUUUGUGGUGAAGGCCGAAAUCUUAAUCUCAUAUUUGAACCUGGACAAAUAAAAAAACACUCUGCAUGGAGAGAAGAGAGAAAACACUCUUUAUAAGGUACACCUGUACGAUAUACAGCUAUAUCAGCCCUGUUAUACAUUAUACUUUUAUGAAACCUAAUGGUUAUUCUUUGAGGUUAAACGGCUGUAUUUUUCAUGAGAGCUGCAAUGAUAAGUUUGAUUGAUACAUUCGUUGGUAAAUUCGUUUUUUACAUCCAAAAUGCAGUAAGAGCCGAUCACGUGGUGAUUUUCUGGUUUAUAUUUAAGUGAAUAUAUUUCAAACUUUUCCCUGAAAAACAUGGCAUUUAAAGAGAUCACCUUCACAUUUUAAGAAAGUUGGAUAUUUCUCACCAUUUUCUCACCUUUUAUAGAGACCAAAUUUGGCAGAUUAAUAGAUAAUGGUAACAAUCAUUAGCUGUAGUCUUUUAUUUGAGUGUACAUAUUGAAUUCAUUUGGGUAAACUGACCUCUGACCUCCCAGCUCUUGUACUGUUCUUCAAACGAAGAUGUUUGUGUCCAGCUGCCGUUUUGAUCCGCUUUGACUUUAAACCUCUUUUUGUGUUUGAGAAAAAGCACAUUAUUUUUUAACUCUUUGUUGGAAAAAAACCCAGCAAAUAAGUAAUUUGUCUAACACUCCUGUGUUUAGUUACCUGGUGAUGUAGCUUUGCGAAGGUACGGUUGCAUUACACUUCUGUGCUGCGGAUAUUUCCAUCAUCUCUUAUUCACAAUUUGAGCAGAAAUGAUAACCACAAAUGUGCUAUUUGGGUGCAGACUGACCGGUCAGAAUUCACCGUUUGCCCUGUGCGCUGACAGCGGGCCAAUCAGAAACACGAAUGCAAUGUGACCGUACGCUUGCAGAGCAGGAAGUGGAGCAGAGGACGGUAACGCUGCUGGCUAACACAGUUUCCUUCACGCUGCUGCUCUGCUGGUUUUUGUGCCAUAAGUGGCUUGUUGUGCGUUCGUCCAUGUGCCUAAAUGUUCUGGUAGGACUGGAGUGGGGGGGGGAUGGUGCUGGUGGUGUGUGUGUGUGUGUGUGUGUGUCUUUGUUACAGGCUGCGUCCACACAUAGCGAAACAAAUCUGUGUUAGUUUGUUCACACUGACAUAAGAUCAGUUCUGCUGUGGACGCAGCCGUGGACUCUCAGUACCUCAAACUCCUGACGACCCGAAACCAAGCUCAACAGGGUCGUCUGAUGUUUGCAAAAUGAUGCGUUCAGGGGCGCUGGGAGGUUUCUGAGGGCGUGUUGAUGACUUCACGGGGAGAUGAGACUUAAGCGGCUGAGUGCUGAUGUUUGUGUUCAGAUUAUCUCAGGUCUUUUGUCUCCUGGUGAUGUCACCGCCCUCUCCAACCAGCAGCGCUCAGGGAGGCUUGAAAAUAAACUGGUAACACUUGACUUCAGUUCCUAGUUACAGGGUCCACUCUCCAACGCCUCCAUCAGCCAAUCACACAUCUGAAACAAAUCGCACUACAAGACUGAAACUUCAGACGGAAGAAAAACACUCCACCCUUUUAACAUCACUCUGACAUGGAGCAGAAAUUCAGUUUAAUCCAGACACUAAAAGGGUUUAAAAUGGAUGUCAUUCAGAGUUGCCUUCAACACUUCUUUUUCUAGACGCUUUGAUUUUUAACCAAUCACAUAACCCCUUAUUGUUUGACACCUCCGAUGGUUGUCGGAGGAGUUUACGUUGGAGAGUGGACCGCAGUGAACUGAACCAACCACUGAUCGUUCCAACUGUUGAACUGAAGACGCAACAGGCAGCAUGACGGGAACGCAGAGGCUCAUGGGAGUUAAGAGUGAGGAGGGCGGGAUGUUUCUCGAAAUGAAACUUGAUGCUAUUUUGAUUGGAUUCAUUUUGAAACUUCAAAACUGUAUAACAAAUAUACAAACUUUAUGCCAAAGCAUCUGAUCACAACAGAUAAUUGUUAUGAUCUCGUCAGUGUGAUUGUGAGGAAAAAGGAGCCACAGUUUGUGUCUCUUACCAGCCAACGACUAUAGAGUGUCCCCGACUAUAGAUUGCCAACCAUUUUCAUAAUCGAUUAAUGCAAAAAAAUCUAACUCAAAUAUAGAGUUCCUAUUUUAUAUCAUAUUAAACUGAUAUAUUAUUGCUUUGUUAAAACAAGAAAAACAUCUUAGGUUUUGAGAAACAGGGACAGAAUAGUUGUUUACAUCUUCUGACAUUGACCAAACAAUCUAGAAAAUAAUUAGCAAAUAUGACUGACAGGUUGGGUAGGUCAGAAUUAUUUAGUUUGAUGUUUCAGAACUUUGAGAUAAAAGGUUUUUAAUUUGUGAACUGUAAUUAUAAUUUCAGUUUCCGUAGCAUAAAUAUAGACUUAUCAAUUUCAGCAACCAUAUUAAGUGUGCUUCAGAACCCUCAACUAUGCUUCAAAUCUCUUCUGUCAGGAACAACAAUGCCAAGAUACCAAACAGACACAAACUGGGGCUCGAGAGCGUAGAGCUGCUAUAUUGCAGAAUAUUUUCCUUCUUAGAUUACUGAAGAGUUUUUGAUGCAGGUGAGCUGCCGUGUGAUUGGCCGGCUGCCUCCGCCUGCUGCCUGAGCGUCGCCUGAGCGUCGCCUGCAGACUCAUCACCGCACUGUGAUACUUACAGACUUCUAAUAACUGCGUGUGUGUGUGUGUGUGUGUGUGUGUAAAUAGCUGAGAGAAGAAAAACUAUUUGAAAAUACAAAGGCACCACGGCUGUCUUGCAUUUUGUAUUUAAAUUAUUUAUUUUUGUAGAUUUUGACCAAU